UUGUCCGUCUCUCCUCACAGCUACAUGGUGAUGCCCUUCGUAGCCCAAGACCUGGGUCACAUCAUGAAGAAAAAGAGACUAAGCAGUCGCAUCGUUACAUACCUCUUUUAUCAGCUGUUGAGAGGCCUAAAGUACAUCCACUCUGCUGGGAUCAUCCAUCGGGAUUUGAAGCCGGGGAAUCUCGCCGUAAAUGAGAACUGUGAACUGAAGAUUCUGGACUUUGGUCUGGCUCGGCACACAGAGAGUGAAAUGACUGGUUAUGUAGUCACUCGAUGGUACAGAGCGCCAGAGGUCAUUUUCAACUGGAUGCACUACACUCAGACAGUGGACGUGUGGUCGGCCGGCUGCAUACUGGCUGAAAUGAUCAGCGGUCAGGUUCUUUUCUCGGGACAUGACAGUAUUGAUCAGUUGAAGAAGAUCCUCCGCCUCACAGGAAAUCCAGACUCGUCACUCGUGCAGAAGAUGCAGAGUAAAGACGCACAGUCAUAUGUCCAAGGUCUUGCUCCACAAAAGAAGAAAAAGUUCAAGGAGGUGUUUCCGUCGAUGGAAGCAAACGCUGUGGACCUGCUUGAGGGAAUGCUGCUGCUGGAUCCAGAGAAGAGGUUGACGGCCAAGCAGGGGCUGUCCCACCCCUUCCUGGCUGAAUACCAUGACCCAGAGAGUGAACCGGACUCCGAACCUUAUGACGAUUCCUUUGAGAGUCUUGAGCUCACUAUUGCAGAAUGGAAAAGUCUCAUCCACAUGGAGAUCAUGACUUUUGACCCAAUCAAUCCCAGCAAGACAGCAAUUUAAGAGGCUUGUUUUAUAACACAGUCCAUUCAAAGAAGACGAAGAGUGUUUUUGGGCCGCCACUUUCAGUGAAGGGCAGCUGUGUGAUGGGAUGGAGGCCUCAGUGGGACAAAAGAAGGCAGAAUCCGGAAAAUAAAACUCAUUCAAUUUGAUCAAAACCACAAUAUUAAAUUAUUUUCAGCAAGUUCCUUUUAUUUUAACAUUUCUCCCAGUAUCUUCAUUUAGGGGCCCCUUCAAUUGUUGGCCUUAUGUACCAAGGAGCAAUUUUGGUUUGUUUUUAGAUAGUAUAUUUAAUAAAACCUGUCUUUUGUUGCCACCUAAUCAUUAACAGGCAGUACACUUUUAGAACGUUGUUGUGUUUUGUGUUCAGGUUGUGUUCUUUAUCAUUUUAUAUUUGAUCAUCAUUUUAUGUCCAUUCAUUGCAGCUGUUCUAAACACGUGACUGUUUGUGAGAUAAAUAAAUAAAAGCAGAAUGAAAAUAAAAAAGGAAA